AUGAAGUUAUACUUGUUGCAUGCAGCAGCGGCAAAGGAAACGAAAGACACUCGGAGGUGUCUGUACACCCCACGCGCUCGACAGCACCCCCCACAUGCUCAAGUACUACAGGCACCUGCAGCAGCAGCAGCAGCAGCAGCAGCAGCAGCAGCAGCAGAGAGAGUAGCAGCAAGAAGAACAGUAAGGAAAGCAGCAACUGGUGCAGCAGGAACAGCAACAGCAGCAGCAGCAGCAGCAGCAAAAUCAGCAACAACAACCAAAACCCCCCCCCACCACCACCACCACCAGCAGCUGCAGCAGCAGCAGCAGCAGCAGCAGCAGCAGCAGUGGGGGCCCCGCAGCAGCAGCAGCGGCAGCUGGCGCGCAGAGAAGCAGCAGAGACGCACAGCGCUGCCCUGGGGGGCCCCGCAUGCAGCUGCGCGCACACCGAGCUUUGCUGCACCUGCAGCAGCAGCAGCAGCAGCAACAGCAGCAGCAGCAGCAGCAGCAGCAGCAGCAGCAACAGCCGGGGGCCCCGCAGCAGCAGCAGCGGCAGCUGGCGAGCAGAGAAGCAGCAGAGACGCACAGCGCUGCCCUGGGGGGCCCCGCAUGCAGCUGCGCGCACCCCCAGCUUUGCUGCACCUGCAGCAGCAGCAGCAGCAACAGCAGUAG